AUGGCCCAGCCGCAGCCUCACUCCGCCGAGGGCUUCUUUGGAAAAGGCGAAGAUGUCCAUACAGCCGCUGAUCCAGUUUACACAACAACUGUUCAUCCGAAGGGCCUCGAGGUCCCUACGAGUUCUGAAAAUGAGCGCAUCGGCACAUCUUUGCACGCUGUUGAGACAGGCAACGAAGUCCUUGAGAGCGAUGCACAGAGCAAAGGUCGUUGGUUCCAGUACAUAAAGACAAAGCAGUUCUGGCUCACCAUGCUCCUCGGCCAAGUCCUCGCCAUCUGUAUCACUUCGACCAACACGCUCUCGUCCCUCCUCGCCAACGAAGGCACAUCCAUUCCGGCUUUCCAAACCUUCUUCAACUACGUACUCCUGAACUUGGUCUACACGAGCUACACAAUCUACCAAUACGGUUUCAAGCGGUGGGUGCGCCUCGUCGUCUUCGAUGGAUGGCGCUUCCUGAUCCUAGCCUUUUUAGACGUCGAGGGUAAUUACUUCGUCGUCUUGGCUUAUCGAUACACCACAAUUUUGUCAGCCCAGCUGAUCAACUUCUGGGCCAUUGUUAUUGUGGUGGUCAUAUCCUUCUUCUUUCUGAAGGUCAGAUACCACUAUACACAAAUCGCCGGCAUCUUGUUCUGCAUCGGCGGACUGGGAGUCAUCUUUGGUUCGGAUCAAAUCACCGGCAGUAACUCGUUCGGUGCCAGCGAUGAGGUCAAGGGCGAUUUAUUCGCAUUGCUCGGCGCGACGUUUUAUGGCCUCAGCAACGUGUUCGAAGAGUGGCUGGUCAGCUCUCGACCGCUGUACGAAGUCGUGGGCCAGCUGGCAUUCUGGGGCAUGUUCAUCAAUGGUACGCAGGCUGGUAUCUUUGAUCGCACGUCUUUCCGCAACGCGACUUGGAACAGCAAGGUUGGCGGCUACCUUACAGGAUACACGUUCAUCCUUUCGUUGUUUUACUCGCUGGCGCCGCUGCUGUUCCGUCUUUCUUCCGCCGCUUUCUUCAACAUCUCAUUGUUGACAGGAAGCUUUUGGGGUGUAGCGAUCGGUGUCAAGGUUCUGGGCCUGAGCAUCCACUGGAUGUACCCUAUUGCCUUUGUUCUAAUCAUUUUGGGUCAAGUGUUGUACUUCAUCAGACAGACUACAUUGUCUGAGGCGUUGAAGCCGUGGUUAGGUGCAGAUCAGGCGAAAGGCCAUGCUGGGCUGGGAACGGCGAGGAGAAGGGUCGAAAAUCCCGAGGCAAUCGUGUAA